AUGUGCGAGAAGACCGGUGGCGAGACAUCCGACAUGGUGUUGCGCAUCAGAGGUGUCGGGCGUUUUCCCGUCCUCAAGAGCCUUUUUGCAGUCGAAAGACCAGUGGUCCUUCUUCUUGCAGGAGCUGUGAGGAAUCCACUCUCCGCUCGGCUCAGGACUUAG